GCUUUAGCCCAGCUGCAGCUUAUCGACUAUAUUGGAGAACAGACAGCGCUGCUUAUAAAAGCGGUGCCAGAAGACCAGCGCCUGGCUAUAGCCAUUAUCUUGGUGAUGUGGGUCUCGGCUCUGGCUUCUUCGCUCAUUGACAACAUUCCCUUCACUGCCACAAUGAUUCCAGUUCUCAUCAACCUGAGUCAGGAUGCAGAUGUAAACCUGCCAGUUAAACCUCUUAUCUUUGCUUUGGCCAUGGGAGCCUGCCUUGGUGGAAAUGGAACAUUAAUAGGAGCAUCGGCCAACGUUGUGUGUGCAGGAAUCGCUGAGCAGCACGGAUACGGCUUCUCCUUCGUGGAGUUCUUCAAGUUAGGAUUCCCCAUGAUGAUAAUGACAUGCAUGAUUGCCAUGUGCUACCUGCUGGCCACCCACAUCGGCCUGGGAUGGAACAUGUGAACCCACACCUGCUGUACAGAGUCAAAGAGACUGUGUGUGCAUGUGACCACUCCUCCAAGAGUUUCAGCUCUUCGUCAGGUGACGUGUAACCUGACCGACUGAUCGGGUUACAGACACUGUUUGAAGCAUUGUAGCCAUAUUUUUUUUUAAAGAAAGUGUCUUUGAGUAAAGUGCAGACCAUCAGGGACAAGAUUUAUGGGAACUUUAACCAAAACUUUGAACCCAGGAAAAAGUGUAUUUUACUAAAAAAAAAUUAAAAAAACAUGGCUCCACUCCAUAAUGCUGUACAUGGUGCUACGGCCUCAGUGGGUGUAAUGUAUCUGGAGUACGAUGUCACACCGUUCAUUCUUUUUGGAAAUCCAUGUGGCCUGUUUACAAAAAGCAGCAAAUCAUUUCCCCAGGCAUGUGCACAACACUGAUCUGCUUUUAGAAACAUUUAGAAGGCUGAUGAUUAUCUGUUUUAGACAAUCAUUUCACCCAUAGUUUACCAAACUUAUGUUCAUAUUUUACAGACCCAGUGAAAGGGAUUUUAUAAAAGUUUAUGUCUAAUAUUUCUUUGUUGCAUUCCCAUAUCUCAUAAGCAGAAAAACAAAAGCAGCAUCAAUUAAAUUGGAAAAGAACAGAAAACAGUUGCAGACUAUUAUCUAAGCCUUAUAUACUGUCUAUUGUACGAUGUAAACGCUGAUCUUGUGUAAACUCACUGAUUUACUUCAGUUAAUCAUAUUUAACAUCAUAGUAGUGAUGAUGUAAAUUAUCUUACAUGGAAUGGACAAUGUCUUCUUACCUUGCCCAGUUAUAAAGGUUUUCUGUAUUUAUUGUACAGCCCAACAACCUGAACAUCAUGUGUGUUCAGUGGAUGAAGCUUUCACAGCUUUCAGACUGAGAUCAACAUGAACAAUAAAGUUUGUCAUGUUUCUCGAUUUUA